UCCAGCAAUCAUCAAAAGUCUUCCCUAGCGAGGCACAAACAGACUAUAUAAAGUCCCCCUAAGCCCCAGCCAAGGUAUGUCAUCUCACUUUUGUUCCAGCAUCAUCGGCUUCGACCGACUCGAUUCGUCCGGCUUUCUCGCGUUGACAUGAAUACGCUACCCCAAAAAACCGUUAAUCACUUACAUCACAAUGGCGUCCAACGUCCUAUCCAUGCCUGAUGAAAUCCUAGCCUGGCACAUGCGGCUGCUGCAUUGGUUCCCGAGAGAAGAAGGGUACGAGGUCAGCGGCGUCUUGAGCAGCGACGGACUCGGCGUAGCCUUCCACUCGAUCACGGUCCACCUGCAGAUCCCCGAGAAGGACAUCGACCACAAGUUCCUGGCCCUCGUGCUCGGCGAGUGUGGCUGGGACGCCGACCAUAUGGACCACGACAACACGGUGCUGGACGAUCGGAUAAAUCACCACUCCGACCACAUGCUCGCUUCACUUCCCUACGGCAGUCCCUUCGCCUGUGGGGUGAUUUGGCAUAACGCUAUCACUCUUCUCCGGUAUAAGCCGGAGAAGCACAAGUACGCUCGCUGCACGGCCCACGGCCAGAAUAUUCUGGAUGUGAAGUACGAAGCCGCAACUAUUGACAGUUGGUUCCACCGGCUGAAGAAGAAAUGGAGGCCCGAAACCAUCCCUAAAGGGAGAAGCGGAUUCGACACCUCGCGACUUCGCGCGAAGUCGUAUUCCCCAGAUUACUAUUAGAUAUGGGUAUACCGAAUGACACGAGAACGCGCAGGAUAAUUGCCGGCGCAGUGAGAAUUAAAACCCCACCGGAGUUGAUAAUUGUGUCGCUCUACGUAGAAAGCAGUCAAUGUUCUGUCAUGAACAGCUGUCAUCAUAGCUAAUAAAACUGACCAUCGUAGGGUACUGCCUUGGUGUAUGAGUGUGAUUGUA